GGUCAGCCUGAUCGGCAGGUGGCGUUGUGCGAUGUGUCGACUUCCGCUAAGCGUUUUGUCAACAAACAGCCACUAAGCUAGGGUUAGCGUUCAUGUUAGGAAUUAGGAUCCACUACAUUGCUCGUCUCGUUAACAACACGGAAAUAAUGAUCAUCACGAUAGCUGCAUGCUAGCUAGCAUGCCAUGAACAAUUUAGACAACAUUUGGGAAAAGCGGGUGAUCUCGCAAGGAUGAUCUCGCAAGUCUUCAUCUUGUCCUCCAAAGGCGACCGCCUCGUCUACAAAGACUUCCGAGGAGACAUCGGAAGCGACGCUGUUAGCCUUUUUUAUGACAAAGUGACGGCACUGACAGGAGACAAGCCUCCUGUUGUCAUGACGCACAAAUGCAUCCACUUUGUGCACGUGUGGCAGGGAGGCCUGUACCUGGUCGCCACCACCACUGCAGCAGACUCCUCCCCCUUCGCCAUCAUCGAAUUCCUCAACAGGUUGGCGGCGCUCAUCAAAGAUUACUGCGGUGCGCUCUCGGAGAAGACGGUGCAGAUGAAUUUUGCACUCAUCUACGAACUUCUUGAUGAGAUGCUGGAUUACGGUUACGUGCAGUCCGCGUCAUGUGACGUCCUGAAGAACUUCAUCCAGAUGGAGGCGAUCUCGUCGCGACCCUUCAGUCUCUUCGACCUCGCCAACGUGGGCCUGUUUGGAGCCGACACGCAACAAAGCAAAGUGGCGCCCAGUUCUGCCGCCACCAGGCCGAUGCAGGGAGGGAAGAGCGAAAUUUUUGUGGAUGUCAUCGAGAGGAUGUCUGUAGUGAUGGGCGCCAACGGCAUACUGAUGAAAGCGGAGGUGGAAGGCGAGGUCAAGGUCAAGUGCUUCCUGCCCAGCUGCUCGGAGAUUCGCAUCGGCCUCAACGAGGACUUCAGUGUCGGCGACUCACAGCUCACAGGUUACGGGGCGGCGGUCCGCGUGGACGAGUGCAACUUCCACCCGGCUGUCCGACUGGACGACUUUGAGGCUCACCGGAUUCUGCGACUCAGCCCGAGCCAGGGGGAGCAAAGCAUCAUGCAGUACCGAUUGGCCGACCAGCUGCCUUUGGCCCCGCCCUUCCGACUCUUUCCUGCAAUUGAGAAGGACAAUGCAGGAAGGCUGCUGAUGUUCUUCAAGCUACGCUGCGACCUGCCUCCUAAAAGCGCGGCGGUCAACGUGAGCGCCAACAUCCGCGUCCCCAAAGGUUGCGUCAGUUUGUCGCAGGAGCUCAGCAGCCCGGAUCAGAACGCCGAGCUGCAGGCGCAAAACCGAGCCGUAGUCUGGAACAUUCCGCGCUUCCCCGGGGGAACGCAACUUUCCGCUGUCUUCAAGCUGGAUGUUCCCGCCCUAAGCUCCGCCUCCAUGAUGGAGGUGGGUCCGGUGGGUUUGACCUUCGAACUGCCCAAGGUCACGGCGAGUGGCCUCCACGUACGCUUCCUGCGGCUGGCGCCCGCGCAGCAUCGGGGACCCGCCCAGCGCUGGGUGCGCUACGUCACGCACUCUGACUCGUAUGCCAUCCGCAUUUGAGGCAAUGGCGCCCCCGCAGGCGGCAGAUGGAACAGCUUUUAUUUGAUAUGCCAUCAAAACACAUGUACAAAGAUUGAUUUUUAAUUAUUGAUGAAAUUACAUAAACACAUUAUGAGCUGUG